AUAAAAGUCUAUGCAUACUCAAUGAAUGUGCACAAUCGGUUCCAAUCAUCACAUGAUUUCGACUAUUUUUCGAUACAAGGUAAACGAAUGUACUAGUUCACUGGUGAUAUUUUAUUGUAAACAAAGUAACGAUUCAUAAAAUCAACACAGCGCAAUCAUUUAUCAUGGAUAUCUUACUAAAUAUACAUAAUUCCUGGAAAGAGCUCGAUCCACGAAUAAUCGAUCUACCAUUAGUUGCUUCUUCCUAUCAAGUACCACUUAUAAUAUUCGCAUAUCUGUACUUCGUGCUCGGCUGUGGACCUAAAUUCAUGAAGAACAGGCCGCCAUACAAAUUGAAAACAUUUAUACAGUUGUACAAUAUUAUUCAAAUUUUGGCAAAUGUGUGGCAAAUUUACGACAUAAUUGAGGCUGGUUUGUUCUCGAUCAAGUUAAUAUGUCCUACCAUUGAUUUUUCUAGUGAUUAUAUUCCAAUGAGGUUUGCAAGAAGUUUUUGGUAUUACUUUCUGUUAAAAAUAUGGGAUCUUGUCGAAACAGGAAUAUUUGUAUUAAGGAAGAAAAGUAACCAGGUAUCUGGUUUGCAUUUGUAUCACCACGUCUCUACGUUAAGUCUGGCGUGGAUCGGUAUGAGAUAUUACGCUGUUGGCCAACUAUUGCUUGUGUCCAUAACCAACAACUUCGUACAUGUGAUAAUGUAUAUAUACUAUUUCUUAACAACUUGUGGACCGACCGUUCAAAAACCUGCUGCAUUUAUAAAACAAUGGAUAACUACAGUACAAAUGAUUCAAUUCGUCGUGCUAAUGAUGUAUUUAAUACAUCCAUUAAUAGUUGGCUGCAAAGUCGGGACAGAUCAUACUAAUUGGUUCAUAUUAGUAGGCAUUAUAGAUAUGGCAAUAAAUUUGUUCAAUUUCCGUAAUUUCUAUCAAUCGUCAUACAAGAAAAGUAAAAAAACUUAGUAGAUUAUAAAAUAUAAAUUGAAAAAGUAUUUUUCUACAGUAAAAAAUUCGAUGAAAUUAUUUUCGUUCUGUUGUCCUGUAUUGUAUAUGCAUAAUAUAUAAUAUAUUAAAUAAACAAAUAAAUAAAUAAAUAUAUAUACACACACAUACACACACCCACACACAGGGUAUCCCAAAAGUUCGGCAACUGUCAAAUAUCUCGAAACUAAGCAUUUUAGGAAAAAAUGUUUCAGACAAAAGUUGUAAAGUUUCAAAAGAUCUGUUUACUGAUCUUAUCAGUUUGACCUUGGAUGGCGUCGCCAAUGUCAGAUCAAAAUCACAUUAACUUUUUUAAAUAGAACACCCUACUUUUGAUUCCAGAAUCUAAUAGCUCGUGUCAAGACCUUUCCAAAACUUCCAAAGCAACUAUUCAAGGUCAAAUUGUUUGGUCAUAUUGUGACGUGACAGAUUUUUUCCCUCACCACAUUUUUUACCUUUACGCUUUCGCGGAGUGCGAGUACGUGCUUAAGACUGGGCCAGGCACUCCACAAGAGCGGAAAUUUCCGGCAGUGUCACUAUACAACUGUAACGUCGCAGCUGGAUAACGACGACCGCUAAUAGGCCGCGCCUAUUAUACGACGCGCAAGGAUAUUGCGCACCCUGUGAGAGGGGUCGCGCCUAUCGAUCCUGCAUCGAGCGCGAUCCUCCCGGAUUUUGCUUUAGUGAUGCGAAACCUCGAGAGAAUCGAAUCUAAGAAUCGAUUCUUUUUUCUUACCAAAUUCAUUUUCAUAAUCGGUGCAUCGAUUGGAAAAAGAACCGAUUCUUUUUCCGCCACUUUUUUUAAAUUAUACAUUAACAUAAGGUUGCCACUCUACGGGAAAAAUGUGAUUAUGUAAUAAAGCAAGGACAGUGGAAAAUUUAGGAAAAUUUCAAAACGGUUUAAAAAUUCUAUUCAUAUUUGCGAUGCUGUUUUGCGACUAAUGUAGAACGGGCUCAAGAGUUUUCUAGUGACUCUCUGGUCAUAUUUUGAUGCCUAAAAAUAAAAACUUCUUAUUGGACGUUAUACUACGUCGUAUUAUCAGACGCACUGUGAUUCCUGCGUUAUAAUGUACUGAAGUAGCGCUGUCAUAAAAAAGAAUCGAUUCUCUAAAAAAAAAA